CUAGGCAUUUGCAUUACACUUUACAAAAGCAAGAGCAUUAUUUAGCCUCCUAAAAAUUCAAGAAUGUAAAAAUAAAUGUUACUCUAUUUGUUUUAGUAACAUUUUCUCUACCCACUUCUUAGUAUCUCUUCCACAAAGAAUUGUAGUGCAGUAGGUGCAGUGGAACGCGCGCACUCGAUUACGCUGAUUGGUCCGCCGCUUCGAUAGUUUCGAGAGUCGAGAGUUACGGUCGUACAAGUUUUUCGAGAGAUUUCGAAUCGCAGUCAGUCACGUAACGUGCCAUGAAGCCAUGAUGUAUUACGAACGCGCUUGAGACGUCCCGUAUGUUUCGCGACGGAGUGUAGUUUAAAAGUGCAUCUCGCGCGUGAGACGUUAUACCCGAGUGCGAGCAGUUUCGUCGUAACGAGUCAACUAUCGCGAAUAAUCGUUAGUAUACGGCAGUGUCGCGAUUUCGGUACUUGGCGGUACGUUUCUUGAUGCCGAAAGUGAUCGUGAAACUCGUCGCGUGUAUCUCACACCAAGGUGUAGCAAAAUUGCAUGAUUAUUGUCAGAAUGGCGUCCAGAAAGACAAGAAAGAAUCACUCGAUACAGCACCUGCUCGAGCUACCCUCGAAUCGGGAAUCGAAAUUGCCGCGGUUUCCCGUGAAGGAUCAUGCCGAUCACCCGCCAUCCAUGCCAACACCGCGCCAAGUCCCGGUGACCGUGUUGCAUCCCUCUCCGAAAAAGGUAAAUAGCACGCCGCUUCGGCAGAGUUGCAUUAGCCAGAACAGUUACGAGUCCCGAGCGUCUUUCUGUCGGCGGGCGUUAUAUCUGAGCAAAACACGGCAGGCUGCCUUCUCGGCCGAUUUGCAGCAGUCUCUCUCACGAACAGUCAGUCCAACCGCACGCCAGCAAGAGCCGUCCCUUACGAGGCGGGAGUAUCCCCGCCAAAUCAUGAACAAGGUGGACGAUCGAGUCAGGUCUCCGGGAACAUCACGAUGCCUGACCGCUACUACCAUGUCGCUUUCCAUCUCGCCCUCUAGCCCUGAAGAACCUGUUACGCUGGUGGAACUGACCAGCGUGCCGGGCGGACAGAAUGCGAUGGCUCAUCUUAAAAAGCGGAAGCUGGAGGCAGAGUCGGUCGCGCAGAAUCCUAAACAAAUGCAGCAGCCGUCACAACAGUCGCAGCAGUUGUUGAUCAGCAAGAAGGGCCUGCAGACGAACGCGCCGCAAGAGAUGGAGUCGACUGACGCCGCCGCGAAGCGAAGGAGAAAAAGCGUACGCGACGAUGACGUGCGAAAGACGAUGGACAUUGUUGAUCCUAACAAAAACAUACCGCUGCCGCAGAAGAAGCGCGCGUUUGCGUCGGGUAACUCGGGCAGUCCCGCCAGGAAAUCCAGCAAGCACUGCGAAGAACCUGAGGACGAUGAGACUCUCAUAAGAGAGACGGAGGCCGCCUUGAAGAGUCUGUCAGGCAGUUGGCCUGGACCCAGGGGAUCCUUAUAUCAGAGAGGCAAUUCGGACGAUGAUAGAUACGAAUCCAACUUUGAAAAUCUCUUUGAAGAAAAGAAGGAGAAAUUAUCACCCUCGUCAAUAUCAACGUCUUCGAGUACGAGUAACGACACCGGCUGUUCGUUGAAGGACGUAAUCACCUUCCGCGGACAGCACGAUCGGUUAGUGAAGAUGCAACAGCACAAUAAGCAGCUGGAUUUCAAGCAACAUCCGACCAAAACUAAGAAGGAUCUGGAUAACCUGUUAAAGGUAGAGAACGAAUGCGCGAACACCCAGUCUCAAGUCAACAACGUCAAUCAGAACGAACCACCGAAAAUCAGACCGAUCUCCGUUCGCUCGUUGUCGAGCAAAGACAGAGGCGACAGGAACAUGGUGAAUGUGCACGUUGAGUCUCAGGGCAGGCAAUCGGACAAGUACUCCAGAUACGACCCGCCGGAUUUCAACGAGCUAGUCGACGAUUCAUCCAACGAGCUGGAAAUCGACAUGUCGGAUCCGACCGCCGACAAGGACGAAGGCGAUCGAGAAAGAACGAGUGACAGGGAACGAGACCGAACGUGCAAGAAUGGUCAGUCGCCCCAGAACAUCGGCAGGCAACAGCAGCAGCAGCAACACCAUCCGCAGCAACAUCAAACGCUCUAUUCGAACUACCAAAGACAAUAUAACGACACCAACAUGAAAGUCUCACCUACGGGAACUUCGUCGUCUUCGUCACCGCCAACGAGCUCGCCGUUUUCGGCAACGUCCGCUUUCAGGCCACCCAAUUCGGAUCACUCGAAAGCGUCGUGUCGCAGCACCGCAUCAGUUCCGGUGGCCUCCUCGGCUAUCCCGCCGAUCGGUCCGUACCCAGCUUCCGCUACUUUCGUGGGGUAUCCCACGCCUGGACCAACGAUGCCGACGCCGCAGCCCGUAGCCGGUAUAUCGCCCACGUCGGAAGACAAACACGCGUCUUCGGUGUCUCUGCUGCAGCUGAAGUCUUCGAAGGAGGACAAUCACCACGUGACGGCUCACGAAGUUGCCCCAAAUUCUGUGUCCCCCAGCAAGAGCCCCACCGGCAGUCUACCUUCCGUUACCAGCCCCGACUCCUCGAAACAAUAUACGAUUCUUCAACCCGCGGGAGUGGGUUCCAGGGCGGCCAGUGCAAUCCAGGAUAUCGCGAGGGAAGGAGUGGUCAGUGUCGCCGCCGUGAGCAGCUGCACCACGGGGAACAACAGCAAUGCAAGCAACACCACGAACACGAACGGCAACGGAGUCGGCAGUAAGACAACCAACGGCAAUAACGGUGCCAGCGACAGCAGCAAUACGACGAAUCCUGCCGGGAAUCCUAACGCAAACAGCAUCGCCAGCAUAACCGUCACGACGAUCACUACCACUACGUCUAGUCCAACAGCUACCGAUGUGCCCUCAGCGAGUGGUCAGCAGGACAAUGUCAUGAAAAUGCCAGAGAGACCUGGCACCUUCGACACUAGCAGGCCGGGAAUGUCUAUGUCUCCGUCCAGUCUCGGCAGAGAGGGCAACAAGUGCCCGACCCCAGGCUGCACGGGGCAGGGUCACGUGACCGGACUCUACUCUCACCACCGCAGCCUUUCUGGAUGUCCGCAGAAGGAUAAGUUAACUCCAGAGAUUCUGGCGAUGCAUGAGACUAUAUUGAAAUGCCCAACGCCUGGUUGCAACGGUCGCGGUCAUGUCAGCUCCAAUCGGAACACGCACAGGAGCCUGUCCGGAUGUCCCAUCGCCGCGGCCAAUAAGCAGGCCGCACGCGAAGCCCGACAAAAGGCUCAAGUGCCGGGAAUUCCACCUGAGUACAUCAGUACGAACCUGUUACCCUCAUCAAUGGACACAAAGAGUUACGCGCAGUACGGCUCCACAACGCAGGAUACGAAGCCCGUGUUAAGCAGCCUGAGCUACGACUACUAUUCGACGACGACGAAGAACACCGGGAUUAAUGUGAAACCCCCGAAGACUCCGGAAGACAACAGCUCGUCGCGUCCCGCGAAAGUACCCAAGACGGAGAACAUGACCCUCAACAGCAGUUGUUGCAACACGCUAUCCACGCGCAAUCAGAACACGGGCGAGCUGUUGGUUCCCAAAACGGAGGACGCCACGUCCUGUCGGGUAAACUCACCCCCGCCGCCGCCACCACCGGCAGUGCGGCAGGCAUACGAUUCCUACAUGAGUCAAGACUCGAACUCCUCAUCCAUGUCGUCCAUGGACGCGAUGGGCUCGAGGCCGUCCAUAGGAGCGACGAUCCAUCACCCAAACCAGCACUCGACGCACCACGUUUUACCGAUGCAACCGGUCGCCUAUCCGAUGCCUAUGGUGGAAGACACCAGGAUGAGUCAUCAGAUGUCCCAGAGGUCUCCUUACGAAUCUUCCGCUAUGAUGGCCGCGGCGGCGGCGGCGGCUGCCGCGACCACCACGGAGGAGCUUUAUCACCACAGAUCAGCGGAACACGCGCGAGCGUACAUGCAUCCCGGAGCGAGCAACAUCGCACGACCAGUGGUGACGUAUUCCAACGACAUCGCGGCCGGCAGAGGCUACGAGAACGCGAUAGUCAGCGCGGCCAAUCACCGACCCUACGAUCCCGGUACCACCGCGACCUACGAGAGAUACGACACGCAAUCAUGCGGGCCUAUUCCGUCGCAGCAGCAGCAGCAACAACAGCAGCAGCAGCAGCAGCAACAGCAGCAACAGCAACAGCAGCAGCAGCAGCUCCACUCGAGGGCGAAUAUGUACUACCUGGGGCAAACCGGUAUGACGCCGGAGGAACAGGAGCGAGUUUAUCAUCAAGAAGCCGCAGCGGCCGCGCAGCAGCAUCAAAUGGCGAUGGCCGCCGCCACGGCAGCCGGGAUGAUGAAGACCGAAGACGUGAAGUGCGUCACGGUCGCGCAGGUGCAGCAGAUGCAGAAGCCCGGUGGACCGCCUACUUCGCCCGGGGGGUCAGUGAUGGAUCUGUCCACCUCCAGUGUCACCUCCACCAGCCCACAGGCACCACCCUACGGCUCGAACAGCCUCAGUCCGCAGUACGGAGGAGGACAAACGGUGGGAAGUAGUCCUCAGGCGGCAGCGAGUCCCCACUUGACGGCUAGUCCUCAAGUUCCCAGUCCUCAAGGCCAGACUCUUGAUCUUAGCGUCAAUAGACUGCACAGCGGUGCACCCAGUCCGCAAUAUUCUACCGGCCACGGAGAAGCUGUCGCGGUUCCAGUGGGCCCGGGUUUCCCAGCACCUCGACCCAUCGAAGAGCAGACUGAACCCGUUGAUUUCUCAACGGCGAACGAGCCGGUGAAUUUCAGCGGGGGUCCGGGGAUCAGGCCUGUACCCGGGUUUCCGCCGCCCGGAGUGCACGUUGCGGCGUACAGUCGCGAGAGCACACCCGACAGCGGGGGUUCCCACUACAUGGACGCCUACCGAGACCCUACCGGUUACGGACCUAUGAGUCCUCAUCCAGGAUACGGAAUGACCGGCGUUCAACCCGAAUAUCCCGGGAACACGUACACCCCUUACCCUACUGCAGGUUACAACUGCGGUGGAACUUACCCGAGUGGCCCGGUGACUUCCGGUUAUCAGAUUCCAGCAGGUUACAGCCCGGCACCGUGCUAUAGCAUGCCACCUCCGCAGCACACGGUUGGACCUCUCGAUAAGCCAUCUGGCAAGGAUGACAGUAUGAGGAGGUACUCGUUGAAUUUCUCACCUCGGCCCGCCCCUCGUGGUCGCGAUGGCAAGGAGCUGAUACAGUGUCCCACGUCGUCAUGUGAUGGCAUGGGUCAUGUCUCAGGGAACUACGCUACCCACAGAAGCCUGUCCGGAUGCCCGCGAGCCGACCGCUCGCAAAUCCAGGCGCACUCCCAGGAGCUCAAGUGUCCCACGCCAGGAUGCGACGGUUCUGGACACGUCACGGGAAAUUAUUCGUCGCACAGAAGUUUGUCCGGUUGCCCGCGAGCGAACAAGCCGAAGAGUAAACCCCGAGAUGGUCAAGAUUCUGAGCCCUUGAGGUCGAUAUGUCCAAUCCCGGGUUGCGACGGGUCCGGCCAUGCGACCGGCAAAUUCCUGUCACACCGCAGCGCAUCCGGAUGUCCGAUUGCAAACAGAAACAAGAUGCGGGUGCUGGAGUCCGGCGGUACUGUCGAGCAACACAAGGCUGCCGUGGCUGCCGCGACGGCCAUGAAGUUCGAGGGUGUCAACUGCCCGACACCCGGAUGCGAUGGACUGGGUCACAUAAACGGUUCCUUCCACAGCCACAGGUCCCUGUCGGGCUGCCCGAUCGCUAGCCACGCCGUGAAGAAACCGAAACCGGAGGAUAACAUGAGCAUGUACGGCAGAGGAAUCACCGGGUUGGAAGCCGGUGGUCCGGCUCACGGGGGUGCGGUGAGCACAGGUCAGGGUAACUCGAGCGGUAGCGGGACCGCCGGUGCCCAGGGCGAGGAUCUCUACACACUGGAGGCCGAGAUCACCGAGCUCCAGAGGGAGAACGCCCGGGUCGAAUCGCAGGUCCUGCGCCUGCGUUCGGACAUCACCGCCAUGGAGCAUCAGCUCAAGCACGGAGAAAAGGAAACAUCGUCGAUAGCCCAGCGCAACAAUAAUCUGACGGAGUACUACCACACGCUGCGCGACAACAUGAUCUCCCUGCUGGAACAAGUGCGAAUACCGAACGCCCCGGGCGGACCGCAAGAGAAAAUAGGCCACGAGAACUUCGACAGUUACCUGACGAAGCUGCAGACUCUGUGCACCGCCGACGGCUACUGCGCCGACGAGAGCAACCGGCCGAUCUACGAGACGGUGAAGACCGCCCUGCAGGACUUCACGGUCCUGCCGACAGCCAUCUGAGACCAUCCUUAAGGAUCGGCGAUUGGGUACCGAGCGCUGCUCGGAGCUCGUACUUGCGACUAAGUAAGCUACACGAUGCGGAUUUCGUACGACGCGGAUCGCAGCCAUUGCCUCUCGUUCACCGGAGCGAACGGCGCGAGGGAACGGCGCCUGGUCCCUCAUGAGAAAGAGAAAAAAAACAGAGACAAAAAAGAGAGAGAGAGGACCGCGCCGAUCGCGAGCGAGCUCCGGCCGGAUCGGCCUACGACCUGAAGAGGGAAACCCGACUUCGUGAUUCACCCCGGAUGUCGCGGCGAGUGGGCCGCGUGCGUCACAGAAUCGCGAGAAUUUUCGGACCGCGCCACGUGACGCCCCUCGUCGACCUCCUGGCACCCCCGGGGUCACGUACGCGUCAUGGGUAACGACGUCGGUGAAAGUCGUUGUGGCCGGUCGUGCACGCCGACCGGUGCACGGGCGCUCAUGCGUUGAGGGGUAAACGCCCUGUAACGGCACCUAAAACCGGAUGACGGCUCCGACGACGGCGAGCGUCCUGUCCGAGGGUCGACGGACUGUGUGAUCGGCACGGGGCGAUCGACACGUUGCUCACAGCGAUAUCUUUUGUACAUAAUGAACGAUUUGCGUCGAGUAUCACGACCGAGGGUGGCGGUCGUCGCUGCCGCCCCCGCCGCCGCACACGUACACACUCUCGCACGAGUAAAUGUAAAUACACAGAACGGGAGAAAUGCAUUUAUAUAUUAUUCGACGGGUUAUGAUGGUUGUCGCUCUAUAAGUCGUGUAAAAAUGAUCAGUCUAGCUGUGUAUCGGAUUCUUAUGCCGCACUUAUGCCGCUGUGUAACUGUUAUUAUAUUACCGUUUAAGAGUCGCGCGAGACUUACGAGGAGACCCACGAGGGUUGGCUCCACCAAUGACGCUUCUGCUGAAAACCCGAGGGCUACUUAUAAACCAAUUUAUCGGCUAACCAUUUACCAGCUAGUCACUAUUAUUAUGAUUAUUAUUACUACUAAUGAUUAUUACUAUUACUGUAACUGUUACAACCAGCCGGGUCGUUUCUAGCGACUGCGAUCCAAUCGUCAUUAUCGCUACCACUACUCUUACUACUGUCGAUAUAGUCACGAGUAUACCAUCGUAAUAUUUAUAUAAUAUUAACGAGUCUACGAGAGGAAGGUGCGACGCGUUGUCCAUAGGCUGUACAUAGUACUCACAGAGAUAUACAAUUACUGUAAGGAUAAGUAUCGCAGAUGGUGGCGAGCUGCGACUUCGGUGGAACGAGGAGGAGACGUUCGCGUGACGCACGCCUCUUCGUCGCGGGAAGUUGUCAAUCGUGAGAACAACGCAUUGUCGAAUUUAUGGCUGUCCGAGGCGGAUCAUCGUGGGAGAUGAUCGAGCCUUGAUCAUCGUGCAAAGAGGACGCAAAGGAGGGAGAUCGCGCCGCGCGUUCUCGCAGGAUGUACGACGCAGGCCGAUUCGGUCGGAGGAUAUAUAUUCGUUUGUGCAAUAAUUUCCGCAUGCGUUGCAUUCUACCCUGUACAUUCGCAAUCACUUACCGCGCCCUGAGAUACGUGUACAUUGCUAUCGACGCGGUUGUUACUGUUCCGUUGGUUUCCGUGUGGUUUUUCCUUGUGUUUUCUAUUUAUUGUACGUUUUCCUUUGCUGCUGAUUCGAGAAACGCGCGGGCACAAGCUACAGGGACUUGUAAAUACCGAAAAAGUAUGACUUUCAGUCGUGGAAAUCGCCGCUUCUCGUUGGAAUUGUACUACAGCGUUAUUAUCACCUGGGACACGUCGAAGUAAUCUCCGGUUUUGCUGGCUAAAUUUUGUACACACUUACGUCACCUUCAAUCAAUCGAACGAUCGACAUAGAUGCAAAAAGAAUUUUAAUACCAUCGACGACGGUACAAUGAAUGGCAAGACGAAAACAGACGACUUGACUUGAUUGAAAAAAUAUGAAUAUAUAAGGAAGUAUAUACAUAUAUAUUAAUACUUAAAAGAUUAUGAUUUAUCUUAAAAGAGUAUGAUUAUAAUUAAUCAAUUGCCCCUGAUCAAACAACUGUCCCAGUCAGUGGGAAAUGGUGUUAUCAGUAUUACGUAAUGUACAUAUUUUUAAUGUUUCAUUCUGAUAUGGGCUGUUAUGUCGACCGCGGACUGAUAACGUCAAGAUCAUUUUAAAACAGCAGAUAUGUCGAUCGGAUGAUCACUGAUCGCCGGCGUGGAAAGGUCUAUGCUAUUUUAAAAUUAUACUACGUUCGUCAGCACUAUGGGUAAUGAGUACGACGGAUACGAUGUACAUAAAGAAAUGGGAAACCAGUUACGAAAGAAAAACAGAAAAAAGAAUUAAUUGUUUUUUGUCCGACGAGGCCGAGAUGAAGCGAGAGAUGCGUACGAAAGAAGUAAAUACUUUAACCACCGUGUAGUGAGAGUAAUAAAAAAAAUUAAAGAUAGCGAUAGUCGACCGACAAUUACGAAUAAUCUCGACGUUAUAAUUAUUCUUGUCACUAUCAUUAUAAUUAUCAUUAUAAUUACGGUUAUCAUUGUCACAAUCGUGCGGGCGUUCUUUUACGGCGAAUUAGCGUAAUUGGCGAAAGCAAAAGGGGGGGAUGAGAGAUCUGAGGGGGCGAAAAACUCAAAUAACCAAAAAUCUCGACGGUCACCACAUUUCUCGACUUUCCUAUCUCGAAUUUCGUUGCAAGAUUAAUGUAUUCCGCGAUCUUCAUAUUCAUAUAUCGGUAUCGUUCUUAUCGUCAUCUACUAGUCAUGAUUAUUGUUGAUGCUAUUAAUAUUAUUAUAAUUAUUUUUUUAUUAUUAUUAUUAUUAACGUACCAUUGUUUUAUUAUUAUAUUAUUAUCAUUAUUGCUCUCAGCUUAUAGUCACUAUUGCCGUUAUGUUUUUAUUCUUAUUACCAUUAUGAUUGUUACCGUUAAUAAAAAUCUACAGGUAUAUAAGUUCAAUAACGUGCUUUAAGUAAGUAUAAAUGUUACUCCGAUUGAAUAAAGGGUAUUUAUCGAU